GGCACAGGGCGACAGUCGAGCGUCGGACGUCGGCCGUACCGACGACGCACGUAAAACGGCCCGCGCCCUUCGGCCGAACGCGACUCGAGAAGUGAUGUGCCACUAGUGCUGGAAAACUGGUUUUUCCUCAGGUUGCACCAUGGUCUUCUUCGGGAGAGUAUCCCUUGGCUCGGCAGCGUCUUGUCAUUAAUCCCGUCAGCACACGAUGGACCGGUGCAGAAGCGAUCGCUCGGGUACGUGAGCCUAGAAGUCUUAAUCAGUGAUCAUGGCAGACAAGCUCGCGGAGUACGAAGGUCUACAGGGUCGGGUUCACGGGUUGCGAGACAAGGCCCGAGAAAAAUGGGACACCUUCAAGGAGUGGAAGAGCGCGAUACCCACCGAUCGAGGACUGGAAGGUGUCGUCAGCCACCUUAGAGGUCCACCCAAACUCGAGCGGUGUCUCGAUGACUACGCACACGUCUACAGGAAAAAAACGCGAUGGGAACUGGUGCGGGUCUCGGCAGCGGUGAUGGGCAUCGAGUUCUCGUACGCCGCGGAGACGGCCUUCGUCUCGCCCACGUUGCUGAAGAUCGGCGUGGAUCACCAGCACAUGACAUUGGUCUGGGCGCUAAGUCCGCUCGUUGGCUUCUUCGUGACCCCGAUACUCGGCAGCGUCAGCGAUCGCUGCCGGCUCAAGCAGGGCCGACGACGACCCUUCAUUCUACUACUCGCCAUUGGCGUUCUCAUGGGUUUACUACUAGUGCCAAACGGCGAGAGCAUGGGCUACGCAUUCGGCGACACGCGUAUGAACUUCACGGCAGCGCUGGGUCAUCGAAUUAGUGGAAAAACAGCACACAACGAGACUCUACCGCCGCCGCCACCAUCAUCACACUCCUGGGGCAUAUUCUUCACGAUACUCGGUACUGUACUUCUCGACUUUGACGCCGACGCAUGUCAGAGUCCUGCUAGGGCCUAUCUUCUCGAUGUCACCAUACCAGAGGACCAUGCGAAGGGCUUGAGCACCUUCACGAUAAUGGCAGGUCUGGGCGGUUUCAUGGGCUACGGUCUUGGCGGCAUCAACUGGGAUGCCACGGCUAUCGGCGUAGCCCUCGGUGGUCACCUUCAUGCGACCUUCACCCUCAUCACCAUCAUCUUCAUCAUCUGCGUUGCCAGCACCCUCACCAGUUUCAAGGAGAUACCACUAGAUUUUCUCGAGAGCGACGAUUGCAAGGAGCAGCUUCAGAGAAAGCUAGAAGAAGAACGCAAACAGAACGAAGCAGAAAAGAUGAUACCUGACGAGUCUGCCACUUACGGAACAAUCGGCAAUGAACAGGAGGUCGAUAAUGAUGUCAACCCCGAGGAGAUACCGAUGAAACCGAUCGAACAACCGCCGCCAGCGCCACGGAAGCCGGGCACCGUGCCUAUGAUCCCGGACGUGCAGCCAGCGCCUCGUCCCGCUGACGAAUAUACGCAUCUCGGCGCACCGGCGAGUGAAUCUGCACCUAAUCCUAAGGCUACGCUGCAAGAAUACCUCUAUUCGAUCCUCUACAUGCCACAUAGUAUGCGUAUGGUCUGCUUGACUAAUCUCUGUUGUUGGAUGGCUCACGUCUGCUACUCGCUCUACUUUACCGACUUUGUCGGUGAAGCUGUUUACGGUGGCAAUCCUAAGGCUCCCGAAGGUUCAAAGGAACGUGAGUUGUACGAGUCUGGAGUGAGGUUUGGUUGCUGGGGAAUGUCGAUGUAUUCCCUGUCGUGCGCCUGUUACUCGCUGAUAAUUGAAAAACUGAUCCAGCGCUACAAAGCGCGAAAAGUCUACAUCUGCGGUCUGCUGUUCUACAGCUGUGGUAUGAUGAUGAUGGCGCUGACGAAGCAUCCCGCUGGCGUCAUAAUCUUCUCUUGGACCGCAGGCGUCAUGUACUCCACGUUGUUCACCAUGCCGUACUUACUGAUCGCACAUUAUCAUGCUUCUGGCACAUUCGCAGUGACGGCGGAGGGUGAGGCGAUUCAGGAUGGUGGUCUGCGCGGUCUCGGCACAGACGUUGCCAUCGUUUCCUCGAUGGUCUUCCUUGCGCAGUUUCUGCUCUCCUGCUGCCUUGGCACGAUCGUCAGUCUUUCAGGAACCACUACCGCGGUCGUCUGCGUCGCCAGUACUUUGGCGGCUUGUGGAGCACUUGCUGCCACGCAGAUCAUGUAUCUCGACCUCUAAAAUAUGAGUGUAAUAUGUCUGUACAUUUUUGCGUACUUAUACGUGUUGAUUGAAGAUUGCGUAAAUAACUCGUACAUAGUUUCCAUGAAUGCGUCUGACUCGAUCAGAUAUAAGCUACUGAAGUAUUAUUAAUCUCGGUGAAAGUGACCUCAAAUAAUAAUUUAACAUGAUGCUAUAUCGCUUCGAGGGAAUAUCAACGUUCUUUAUAUGUCUGUACUUACAGUGGAUGCGAUUACUAUAUGACAUUUGCUAAAGAUAAAUAGGUAUAACUUAUUUAAUUCUUUUUUAAUAUAACGUUUUUGGAAACUAAUGCAGGAUAAUUUAUUUUUAUCAUAAAUUGCUAUAACGUUGAAAACGUACUUAAAAAUGUAAAAAAAACGUGUUAUUUUUGUUUUCUAGGUUAAAUACGACAUAUCAUUUAUUCAAGAAAAGGGUGCUGGCGCCUUUUGUAUUAAAUUUUUUUUUUAGAGUAAAUUAAUGUUAAAUUGUUUUCCACAUUUAUUCUGAUUGCGACAUAAAUUUGCAUGACAAUAAAAGUUCAAAAGAAAAACAUACUACUUUAAUGGUAAGCUAUACAUUACAUAACAAGUAAUGUAAAAAAUAGAAUUCACAUCCUGCAUACAUCGCGAAAGAAAUAACUAUUGAAGUACCGAAAAUAUGUAUUUUAAUGAGACUACAUAUAUGAAUUUGCUUAUUUGCUACGAAACGAGUAUCUUUUAUUGUCAUUGCAUAAAAACUGGAAUUCAAUUACGGUAAAUUGUAAUAGUAAAAGCCAAGGCGAAGCUAGAGGUGCGAAUUUUUCUUUUGAAGAUUAAUCUGCUACGAAAUAGCUCAAUGCAUAUAGAUUCAGUUAUACUUAGCAUCAUUUAUCGCGCAACUUUAAUGUAAAUGUAUAAUUCCGGUGGAAAGUUAUCUCAAUAUGGACAUACGCUAAUGUAAAUAUGUACACUAUGUUCUACUGUCUAUAAAAUACUAAUUUAUGAGUAUAAUAAAGGAAAACAAAAAAUUAUCUUGAAUAAAAGAAAUACAUAUAAA